AUGACCGACUCACAGGCUAGAAUAGAUUUAAAUCAUGAUGAUAAAUUUAAGCGCAUUGCCUAUUCAAGUCACGAAGACUUCAAGCAAGUGCAAUUUGACCGAACUAAGGUGACCAGGGUGGUGCUUUCAAGACUCAUUUGCUUCUUCCACAUCAACCACAACGCUUUCUCAUUUCCCACUCUAGACUGGAACCUCAGUACCGCAAAGUCAUUUCCAGCUUGCUUCUUCAACAAUUUGUUGACAAGUCACUCCUGUCUGCCAACUAAUAUCAAACUCUUUAUCUACCCUUACACUCUCCUUCAGAUUUUCGCCCAUCUUAAGCCGAAGGAGGGUCGGAUACUUGUCGGCCCCAACAGUCGCCAACAAAAGCUGGCAAAACUUCAGCCUAAACUAGGGGAACUGGUCGCCAAACAGAGUACAAAAAGGACAGCUGACGCUUCAACUACAAUCGAGGGCGCGAUAACCCAGGCAAUUCUGGGACUGGUCAAACACUGUUCAGAGCUUGAGGAAAAGAUUGAGUACAAGUAG